AUGAGUCCAGUGUUGGAGCAUGUUGGAGCUCUAACUGAGGAUGACAGUUUCAAAAGCGCGAAAGAGAUCAUCACACGGUCUUCUGAUGAAGCUCUUUCCAGGCGUUACUUGCCCCUUUGUCAUAGCGCUUUGUUCUUCGCAGCUAAUCGCACAAAUCGCCGGCGAAAAGCCGACGAGGCGAAGUCUUUGUGCGAGCUUCUGAUCCAGCGCGGCAUCCCGUUGAAGGAUCAUGACGUGCUGAACCAAACCGCACUUUUCUACGCGGCACGGAGGGGCCAUGUAGAAACAAUUAGAUAUCUGAUGAGCAAAGGCCUGGACCCCAACGUUGUGGACACGAAUGGGGAAACUGCGUUGUUCUUUGCUGUCAGGGGAAACAGGAUAGCUGCGGCCCAGGCCUUGUUGGAAGGCGGGGCGAAUUUGGAAGUCGUCAACAAUGAAGGCAACACGUGCUUGAGCCUGGCGCCGACUGCAGUCUUCUGUCCUUUGCAGGAGGAGCGCAAGAAACGGCGCCUUUAUGACGACUCAGGUCCCGGGGAAAAGCGCCAACGGACAGCAAUGGAAGUGCUGCGUGCAUGGGCCAAUGAGUGGCCAGCCAGGGAGCCGAUCCCCAGAAACGAACAGGUAAACUACAAACAGGAGGACAUCAUAGACGAAGCCAAUGGGUACGUUGUUCUGCACACGUGCCCGAGAGAAUGCGCGGCACAGGUGCGCGUGUGUGAGAAAAAUUUUGUGGCAGAUCAUGCCCAGUUCCUCGAAGAACAACCAUGGUUUAAAGAUCUGUCACCUCAGGAGUGGUGCAAAACUGUGGAUGUCAUUGAGGACGAGUCAGGUGUCGCUGUGGAGGCCAUCAAGGCGGUGGUGACUGGAGAGAGGCCAUAUCACUUCACUUUGCCGUUGGUGGAGGUGAAUUCUGGGUUAGUGGCUGGAUAUAUUCAUGCGGAACGGAAGCCGAAGGAGCUGGCUAUAUUGCAGCUUAAAGUGAAGAGCCCGCAUAUGAAUCAAGGCUUGGGAAAGCUGCUGCUAGCAGCAGCUGAACGACACAGCCAAAGAAUCGGGUGGAAUCACCAGAGUACAUACUUGCACGUAUUGAAGGCGAACGAGCGGGCACAAAGAUGCUACGCAAAAGCUGGAUUUAAGUACGAAUCAAGCAGAAGUGCGAAGUGGGGAAAGGAAUUGCAUGAAGCAUCCGAAUGGCAGAAAUGGAAGAAGGUGAACAAGCGUGCCUUCAACAAGAAGUCCCCCGUUGCGCAGUAGAAUCGGCACCCACUGCUUUCGCUGGCCAGCUGUGAAGAUCCGUGAAGUAAAUACGCCUCCGGAAACUGCAGGUGUCACUGCGCAUCAGUAGCCAAUGACGCUACUUGAUCCUUCCACAGUAGAUGU